CUGCGGAAGAACGGAAAACUUCCCAUGCCUGUUAUUCGUUCGUUGACGAGACAGACACUGGAGGGUCUCGCGUACCUUCAUAAUCGUGGUAUCCUUCACCGUGACUUGAAGGCGGAUAACUUGCUUCUUGAUCAUGACGGUGUUUGCAAGAUCUCCGAUUUUGGUAUCUCGAAGCGAAGUGCAGAUGUCUAUGGAAACGAUGCGAAUAUGUCCGUUAUGCAGGGGACUAUUUUCUGGAUGGCUCCGGAGGUGAUUCAAAACCAAAAGCAGGGUUACAGUGCAAAGAUCGAUAUCUGGUCGUUGGGGUGUGUUGUCCUGGAGAUGCUCGCUGGCAGAAGACCAUGGUCGAAUGACGAGGCUAUUGGAGCCAUGUUCAAGCUGGGCAAUGCCCGUCAAGCACCGCCUAUCCCGCCUGAUGUCGAGGCUUACAUGACGCCUGAAGCACGGGAUUUCUUGGACAAGUGUUUUACCAUCGAUCCUGCGAGACGUCCCACGGCCCAAGUCCUCUUGCAGCACCCAUUCUGCGAGUGGCAGUCGGGGUACAACUUCCUGGAUUACUUUUUCUAGACGAUACUAUUCAUUAUCUCUGAUAGCUAAAUAAUCAUGAUCGCUAAAAUACCCA